GUCAUCAGUGCGCGUGAGAGCGGGGGGGUGGAGUGACCCGGCGCUAGGACCGCGGCUCGAGCGGCGCGUAAAUCCCGGCGGCGCGGCGCGGCUCGGCGCGGUGCGGCUCGUUCCCGCGCGGCUCGAGCGCAUCACCGGCGGACGGCCCGUCCUCCGUAUGGGCUCAGCAUGCGCAGGAUUCGCGCCAACGCCAUCGCGAUCCUGACGGUCGCGUGGAUCCUGGGGACCUUCUAUUACCUGUGGCAGGACAACAAGCCGCAGUCGACGCCGGAGGGCGCGUGGCAGCGCGGCAGGGGCCACGCGCAGAAACCGGGGGCCGCACCGGGACGCCUGGAGAUCCACCCGAUCGACGGGACCAUCCCUCUGAUAGUGAGCCAGCCCCCCCGACCCGAGCAGAGCCAGCUGCUGGGGGGCUUCAAUGAGAAGGUCUACCUGUCCGCCAAGCAGCUGAAGGCGGGGGACGACCCGUACAGGGAGCACGCCUUCAACCUGCAGGAGAGCGACCGGCUGGGCGGGGAGCGCGCCAUCCGGGACACCCGGCACUACAGGUGUGCCACUCUGAGCUACGAUGCAGACCUUCCCUCCACCACCAUCAUCAUCACCUUCCACAACGAGGCUCGCUCCACGCUCCUUCGGACGGUCAAAAGUGUCCUGAUGAGGAGUCCUCCGUCCCUCAUCCAGGAAGUCCUCCUGAUCGACGACUUCAGCUCCGACCCGGAGGACUGCCAGCUGCUGGCCCAGAUCCCAAAGGUGCGCUGCCUGAGGAACGGCCGGAGAGAAGGUCUGAUCCGAUCCCGGGUCAGAGGAGCGACCUCGGCCUCCGCCCCCAUCCUGACCUUCCUGGACAGCCACUGUGAGGUGAACACGGACUGGCUGCAGCCGAUGAUCCAGCGGGUCAAAGAGGAUCACACUCGCGUGGUCAGCCCCAUCAUCGACGUCAUCAGUCUGGAUAACUUCGCCUACCUGGCUGCUUCAGCGGACCUGAGAGGAGGAUUCGACUGGAGUCUCCACUUCAAAUGGGAGCAGAUUCCGAUUGAGCAGAAAAUGGCGAGGAGCGACCCCACCCUGCCCAUAAGGACCCCCGUCAUCGCCGGCGGCAUCUUCGUCAUGGACAAGAGCUGGUUCAACCACCUGGGCCAGUACGACACCCACAUGGACAUCUGGGGCGGGGAGAACUUCGAGCUCUCGUUCCGGGUCUGGAUGUGUGGAGGAAGUCUGGAGAUUCUCCCCUGCAGCCGCGUGGGCCACGUCUUCAGGAAGAGACACCCGUACGACUUCCCCGAAGGCAACGCCCUCACCUACAUCAAGAACACCCGGCGGGCUGCAGAGGUGUGGAUGGAUGAGUACAAGCAGUUCUACUACUCCGCUCGGCCGUCGGCUCAGGGCAAAGCCUUCGGCAGCAUCACGGAGCGUCUGUCCCUGCGGCGGAAACUGAACUGCAAACCGUUCCGCUGGUACAUGGAGAACGUUUAUCCUGAGCUCAGAGUUCCAGAGCAGGCGGCCAUGUCCAGCGUCCUGAGGCAGGCCGGUCUGUGUUUGGAGAACCGCAGAACCGACGGACCGGUCCUGGCGGAGUGCAGGAGCAUCGGCGCCAGCCGGCCAUCGUCGCAGAAAUGGGAGCUGGUGGAGCCACUGAUCCGGCAGCAGGACCUCUGCCUCGCCAUCUCCACCUUCUCUGCAGGGUCAAAGGUCAAGAUGGAGCUGUGCAAUGCUAAGGAGCCCCGACAGAAGUGGAAGCCUAAAGGCACGUCUCUGCUGCACAUGGUCAGCGGCCUCUGCCUGGACAGCCAGACUCCCACUGGACCCGUGGUGGUCGCUCAGUGCCGCCCCCUGGUGGCCAGCCAGGUCUGGGAGCCGCAGGUCGUGACCUGAGUCGAUCGGGAGGAAGGAGGAGCAGAUCGGAGGGACUCUGGGAUCUUAAAUUGUAGCUGCUGCUAGUCGCAUCUCGGUGACAUUAGCGUUGCUCCGCCCCCCGUGUACAGUUCACCCCCCAGGAUACUGCAGUUCUUCUGCAUAUGUUGCUCCUCUCUGUCUCUCUGCUUCAGUGGUGGGGGGUUUCCUCCGUAGCAGACGUGGUGGGCUGUGCGGCUCACAGAGACGUCCCGGUGCAGAGCGGAGGUCCAGCUUUUUACUGCUUUUCCAGAACACAGUACCGUCAGAACCUUACUUCACUCGUUUGCAUGGUCUGACCCAAAGGACGAUUUCUUUCUGUCUUUCUGUAAAUAUCUGAACCGGGUCACGGCUUGUUCUUUUGUGUGGUCAUUAAUUUACUGUUUAAAGAAUAAAGAGUGGUGAAACGGAAAA